AUGGCCGAACCGCCAAAGAAAGACGAUAAUUUGCCAGGUCCCUCAAUAAACAACUACAAAUCGGCUCUAAAACGAUCUCAUUCCGAAUGUGGCAAGGUUGAGGAGAACGCUUAUGACUUGAAUAAUUUGCCAAAAUCUUUAACAGACUACAAAUUUGCUAAAAAAAGAUGCGUUUCUGAAAAUGGCUCGGACGAGGAGGACGAUUGUAAAAACUUCACUUCAGACUCAGAAAUUUCAGAUGAUAAUGCCAAAACCGCCAAAGAUGAAAUGCUAAUUAUUCGGGCCAAAGCGACUAAGUCUUUUUUUGCGGAUCAAUUAAAAUGGUACACAUCAGAAUUAAAUUCUCUUCAAUCGACUCGUAAGCCGUACACACAGGAUGAGACGAGUUCAGAUGAAUCUCAAUUUUAA